UGAUUUUAUUACUCAUAUUUAGUUUAUGAUCAUAUUUAUUUUCAUUCUUUUUCUGAGGAACUGUAAGUAUGCUAAGUAGGUCUGAGAUAACUAAGUUAGCUGAUGCUAAUUUAGUUAGCACCAGCUAACCUGGGGGUCGGAACAUCCGUAGGAGUCCCAAGAUAAAUCUGAAGAGUCACAAUCAAGAUAAGAGAUAAGAAAAUGAAUGUUUCUGUGACACAGCAUUACUGCAGGUUUAUUUUUUUUCUUACAUUUUAUCUUUGAUGUAUAUGUUCUGACACACGGAGGUCCAGUUUCUCUUGAGUAUGAUUCCAGCAGGGAAGUUUGUGCUUUCACCCUCGCUGGUCAGCACAGAGCCAGACCAGGUCCCAGACCUAUCACAUGGAGAUACUAGUUGGGACACCAGUUAACCACAUGCCUCUUGUAAAUAGAGAAAAGAAAAGUCUGAAGGGACCAGUUUCAUUCUAAAAAGUUUUAGUUUCCACUAUAAUGUAACCAGUCAAAUAGAAAUACAUUGCUUUAUGCUAAACCUUUUAAGCCACGUUUUAAUCUUUGCAAGCAGCAGGGCGCUAGGGUUUUAGGCGAUGUCCAUCUGUUCAUCGGUUGUCCACCACUUGGGUCGCAACUGAAAUAUCCCAUAAUCUGUUGGAUGAGAUGCUAUGCAAUUUCAUACAGACAAGCUACUGACUUGUCUAUAGCCACACCAUGAGGUUGACAUUUAUGUUUCGGAGUAAAACAAAUGGUGGAUAUAUAUUUCCUCAACAAAAAAAAUAAAAAGCAGACCAUAGACAUACUUUAGCACAAUAUAGUAAACAUCCCCAUGUGGAGAAGUCAGCAUGCAGGGUUUCCGUGAAUUUGGUAAGAAAGAUGAGAGAGUAGCCACAUUGCAUCUUCAUUCUGAGCGAGAUUGCCAGCCUCUCCUCUCCUGCCAGAAGUCCAGCUGUGCAAAGGAGAGAUGAAUACCAGAGUAUCCUUUGCUGUUGAUCCUUGUUGGCAAGUGGUGGCUUCAGAUUCCCAGAGUCCUACUCUCCCUGGAGCCCAAAUAUCACCCCGUACGGAACAGGACCAUACACUGAGUUUACAGCUCUGCAGCUGACAGUACACACAUAAAGAGAUGCUGUCCAGUCCAAACAACCUGCGACACAAUCAAAUCAUGAUUUGCUACAGAAAAAAGACAAAAAACCCAUCGGAUUGUGUAUUUUUCACACUGUUUGUCUCUUUCAGUUCAGCUUGUUACCACCAAAAAGCACACACACGUGGAUCUUUACAUACACACUCCACACCCAGCUGGCUAUUUCCCUCCUUGCCACACUCCUCGUCCCCUCCCACUCUGACAGUUAACUGUAUAUAUAGCCUUCACUCAUCAUUGCUGGGAUUCAGACUCUGACCUAGACUUCUCAGGUGAGAAGAGACCAGCUAAAGAUAGAAAGAAAAAAAUACAAAUCAAGUGGAGACACUACUGAACGGAGGAGUUGCAUCUCUGCUAACACCAGAACACCAUCAACUCAGUCUGACCCUCCAGAAUGUGGCUCAAGGUGUCACUGCUCUGUCUGUCCUGCUUAACUCUGCCCAGCCGGAGUCAGGCCCAAGACCGAGCUUCCCUCCGCCGCUCCAAUGACCACGCCGGGCGCUGCCACUACACUUUCACCGUGGCCAGUCCAGAGGAAUCCAGCUGCUCCGGAAGCAGCAUGAAACCAGAGAUGGAUGGAGUCUCGUCCCGACUCACCAUGCUGGAGGCUUUAGUCAGCCGUCUGAUAGCCGGAGGGGAUGGAGGCUCCAGGACUAGGGCUAACGAUGAAGAGGGUCUCCAGGAAGCCUCCUCACAGGAAACAAGGGAAAGAAACCAGCUGCAGCAGGACAAAGAGCGUCUGAACGGGCAGGUCCAGGAGCUGCAGAGGAGGCUGGCCGAGCUGAGUCAGGAGGCAGAGAGCCUCAGGCAGAGACCCUGCCAGGAGACACACACCUCCGGGGGGACUGAGCGUGAAAACAAAUCUGCCAGUGGCCGUGCAUAUGAUUUUGGGAACGAUGCUUACCAGGAGAUGAAGGCUGAGGUUACAGAGGUUGCAGCUUCCCGCCUCAUUCCUGAGGGAAACCACAACUUCACAGGCUGUGGAGAGCUGCAGUCAGUGGGAGAUCCUGUGAUGCACAGGAAGGCUGACAGUAUCACAGGGAAGUACGGAGUGUGGCUGCAGGAUCCCGAGCCUCAGGGCCCCGAGUACACCAACCAGACUGUGUGGCGUAUCGACACAGUUGGGAAAGAUGUCCGUCAGCUCUUUGCAUAUGAAGACAUCGAUCAAUUAUCCCAAGGCUUCCCUAUGAAGGUUCUGGUACUGCCAGAGCCUAUGGAGAGCACAGGGGCAACCAUAUACCGCGGCUCCCUUUACUACCAGCGCAAACGCAGCCGCACCCUGAUCCGUUACGACCUGACCUCUGAGAGUCUGGCAUCACGGCGAGAGCUGCCUCACGCGGGCUUCCAUGGACAGCACCCUUACUCCUGGGGUGGCUACACUGACAUCGACCUGGCGGCAGACGAACAGGGCCUGUGGGCUAUCUACAGCACUAGUCAGGCAAAGGGCGCAAUUGUGAUUUCCCAGCUGGAUCCCAAGAGCCUGGAGGCGAAGAGGAGCUGGGAGACGAACAUCAGGAAGAACACAGUGGCCAAUGCGUUCAUGGUGUGUGGCCGUCUGUACACGGUGGCCAGCUACACGGCACCCAACACCACCAUCAACCAUGUGUUUGACACAGCCACCAGCGUGGGGCAGGCUGUGGCUGUGCCCUUCAGGAACAAGUACCGUUACAACAGCAUGGUGGACUACAACUACGCCCAGAGGAAGCUGUACGCUUGGGACAACUUCCACAUGGUCACCUAUGACAUCAGACUGGGCCGGGUGGCCAGCCAUGGCAGCAGCUAAAGAGGACACGGCCGUGAACAGGAAGAGCAAGUGAAUGGCAUACAACAUAUGAUCAUUUGCAUCGUGCUGAGGUUAUUGCCAAGCUUGGUAGUCUAUGCGUUUUGCAUUUUUGAAAUCUAUUUUUUUCUAUUACUCUUGUAAAUAAGAUAUAUCAACAGAAAUAUAACCGUAAAACAGAUGAAUGUGGCUCAAGCCUUU